AUGUCCUCCCUCCCAAGCCCCUUCAUCCCCAUCCCCAACCUGCACAACCUCCGCGACAUAGGCGGCUACCCCCUCCCCACCGCCCCACCCACUACCGUCCGCAAACGCAUCCUCUACCGCUCCGCCGACCGCUCCGCCUGCGCCGCUUCGCCCGAAGGUUCCCAGCAGCUCCACUCGCUCGGCAUAACCACCGUCUUCGACCUGCGGAGCAAGCCAGAGCUCGACCGCGCCGGCGGGCCGAAGGAGUUUGAGGGUAUACAGCGGAUAUGGUGCCCUGUGUUCGAGGAAGAGGAUUACUCGCCCGAAAACGUCGCGCUUAGGUAUCGGGAAUAUGCGAAACGGGGAUCUGAGGGCUUCGUGGCCGCCUACGGCGAUAUCCUCUCCCACGGCGGGCCAGCCUUCACACGCAUUCUGCGCCACCUCGCCGCCCUCCCCACUGACGCGCCGCCAGCCUGCCUCGUCCACUGCACGGCGGGCAAAGACCGCACAGGCGUCUUCUGCGCGCUGCUGCUCUCGCUGCUCGGCGUAUCCACCGAAGAUGUGGCCGAGGAGUACGCGCUCACGGACGUGGGGCUCGCGGCGCUGAAACCUGUGUUUGUGGAGCGCCUGUUGCAGAGUGAGGCGUUUAGGCAGCUGGGCGAGGAGGCGAGGGAGGGGGUUGAGAGGAUGGUAACUGCGAGGAAGGAGAAUAUGGAGGCGACGCUGGAAAUGAUACGCGAGAGGUAUGGGGAAGCGGAGGGGUAUGUUAGGGCUGUGUGUGGGUUGAAUGGGGAGGAGGUUGGGAGGUUGCGGGAGGUGAUGAUGGUGGGUGUUGAUGGAGCCGAGGUGGAGAAGCCGGUGCUCUAG